GACUCAUAUUUGUUUUCCAUAUCUUUUAUAAAUGAAGUUUCUUUUCUUUUUAUAUAUAUAGGCCUCUAGUUUAGAUCUGCAUUCUCCACUCGUAAAAUCCAAUUUGCGUUCCUGGAAAAAAGAAAAACUUCUGAAAUGGCUCUGUACCAACUUGCUCUAUUCCCUAUCAGUACUGUCACCAAACUGACAUUUUCAAGUCGCACCUCAUUAGGAUUAUCAAGAAAUGGCUGUUUCCCUAGCCAAGUUCGGUGCAUGGUAGCGACCGAAACUUGUGUUCAAAGCACUGCCAGGCGCUCUGGAAAUUAUCCCACUCCCUUCUGGGAUCAUAAGUUUCUUCAGUCACUGACAAGUGAAUAUGUGGGAGAGCCAUACACAGGACAAGCUAACAAGCUGAAGGAAACUGUGAGGGACAUGCUUGAGAAACCAUUGGAUGCUGUAUAUCAACUGGAGCUAAUUGACAACCUCCAAAGACUUGGAGUGGCUUAUCAUUUCGAGCUUGAGAUAAAGAGCAUUCUGGAAAGCAGGUGGACUGAUUAUAAAAAAGACAACAGAGAGAUGAAAGAGGACUUGUAUGCUACUUCUGUUGAAUUUAGACUGCUAAGGCAGCAUGGAUAUAAUGUGCCUCAAGAUGUUUUCAAUAGCUUCAAGGAUGAGCAAGGAAACUUCAAGAAUUGUCUUCGCGAUGAUGUCAAAGGGAUGCUAAAUCUAUAUGAAGCCUCUUAUUAUCUAGUAAAUGGUGAGAGUAUCUUAGAAGAAGCGAGAGAUUUUUCUGAAAAACAUCUCAAGGAAUAUAGCAAGGAACAGAAUGAAGAUCAUUAUCUUUCACUGUUGGUGAAUCAUUCAUUAGAACUUCCACUGCAUUGGACGAUGCAAAGGAUGGAAGCAAGAUGGUUCAUAGAUGCAUAUGGAAGAAAAAGGGACUUGAACCCCAUCCUUCUAGAGUUUGCUGGAUUGGAUUUCAACAUGGUUCAAGCAAAAUACCAGGAAGACAUAAGACAUGCAUCAAGGUGGUGGACUAGUAUGGAUCUAGGAAACAAGUUGUUCUACACCAGGGACAGAUUGAUGGAGAACACUUUGUGGGCGGUAGGAGAGGUAUUUGAUCCUCAGUUUGGAUAUUAUCGAAAAAUGGCGACCAGGAUUACUGCUCUCAUAACAGCAUUAGAUGAUGCUUACGAUGUGUAUGGCACCCUCGAAGAACUUGAGGUCUUCACAGAUGUUAUUGAGAGCUGGGAUAUCAAUGCAUUGGACCAACUGCCAUACUACAUGAAGAUAUCUUUCUUUGCUCUCUUCCAGUCCAUCAAUGAAAUCGGUUACAAUAUUCUUAAAGAACAAGGAAUAAAUGUUGUUCCUUCCCUGAAGAAAUUGUGGGGAGAUUUAUGUCGAGCAUUUCUUAAAGAGGCAAAGUGGUACUACGCUGGAUACACACCAACUCUACAAGAAUACCUUGAUAAUGCUUGGUUGUCAGUAUCCGGACAAGUCAUACUAGGGCAUGCUUUCUUCUUGGUUACAAAUCAAUUGACAGAGGAGGCUGUAAGAUGUUGCAUGGAAUAUCCUCACUUAAUUCGUCACUCGUCAACGAUUGUACGACUCGCAGAUGAUCUAGGAACAUCUUCGGAUGAGAUUGCUAGAGGUGAUAAUCCAAAAUCAAUUCAGUGUUACAUGCAUGAAACUGGAGCGACUGAACAAGAAGCUCGUGAGCAUGUACGAUAUUUGAUAUACGAGACGUGGAAAAAGCUAAAUGUAGAGAUAUUGAAGCCAUAUCCCUUUUCUAAAAAAUUCAUGGGAAUUCCAAUGGAUCUUGCAAGGACUGCUCAGUGUUUUUAUGAAGAUGGAGAUGCGUAUGGAAUUCAAGAUCAGGAGACUCAUGGUCGCCUGGCGUCAUUGAUUGUUAAGCCCAUUCCUCUCCAAGAUAUAUAGUUACCAGAAGUCAUUCAAACGGUACUGUGAAUCGUGUCUGCUGCCAUUUCCCAGGCUCUCAGCUUAGCUUGCUUCAGCUUGUUACUGCAAAAUGCUUCUUUUCUCUCGAAGUGGUUUCGUUUUCUACUUGGGUGUUUUUCUUGUUCUCUUCGGCUUAUCAAUAAAUAAAUAUAUAAAACGCAAUGCUUCAA